UUUUGCUCCAGGGCAGUACAGCCAGAUGCUGCUGAAGCUGCUGGGUUGCUGUGGCCUCCCAACCCACCCCGGUUCUUGAUUCCUGAGAGGAUGGCAAUGGCGACCUCUACCAAUGGCAGCUUCCUUCUUGGAUCAGGAGGGUAUCCUGGUGCCCAGAUGCUGAGCUUCUCCUCCUCCUCCUCAGGUCACAGCGGCAAUGCAGGAUUGAACUGUGGCAGCUCAGAUGUGACAAGCAUGCAGGAGGUUUUAGCAAGGGUUAGGGGGCCAUUCACACCAACUCAAUGGAUGGAGCUGGAGCAUCAGGCACUGAUCUACAAGCACAUUGUGGUGAAUGCUCCGGUGCCGGCUGGCUUGCUCCUCCCCAUAAGGAGAAGCCUCCAUCCACCAGUGUUGCCACACUUCUCUUCUGGUGGCAUUCUUGGCUCUAGCUCUUUGGGAUGGGGGUCAUUUCAGCUGGGCUAUUCUGGGAGCGCGGACUCUGAGCCAGGGAGGUGCCGUCGAACCGAUGGCAAGAAAUGGCGGUGCUCGAGAGAUGCAGUUGUCGACCAAAAGUACUGUGAGCGACACAUAAACCGGGGUCGCCACCGUUCAAGAAAGCAUGUGGAAGGCCAAACUAGCCAUGCCAUGAAAGCAACGGUUGCCAUAGCACAACCCCUCAUGGGUGCAUCUAAUGGCAAAUCGUCAGGCAGCCAUGGUGUGUCACAUGAACUCACAAAGUCCUUGGGUACUAAUUUAACCGACACUAGUCCAAAGCAGUUUAACAGAAUGUUGCUGGACAAGGCAAAUCGUACUGAAGAUUUCCAGGACUGUGCUAACCAGCAACGUAAACCAAGCAUCCUAGAGAACACAAAAGGUGACAAUUUGUCUGAAGAAAUGUCCUCACAAGAAGACUAUGCAGUAAUCCCGGCUGGUGCUCUCAUGAACACACCACAAUCAGAGAACGUCAAUCUAACUCCCCAGCAGCAACGCUGUAAGAAGUCACAGCCAAACUUAAUUCAUCAUCUUUUUGGCAGAGGGAUACAACAUGAUGACAUUCAGUUGUCAAUAUCAAUUCCCGUGGAUAACUCCAAUUUAUCCACUAAUCACAACAAAGCUCAAGUUACCCAUGUGGUAGGCAGUUCAUCAAGCGAAGGAAACGUCGCGCGAGCAAGUUGGGUACCGGACUCGUGGGAAACAUCCAUAGGUGGACCUCUGGGCGAGUUCUUCACCAACACCAGCAACGCGCCAGACAACAAAAGCAAAAGUCGCCAGCACCCGCCUUCUCUGAACAUCCUAGCUGAUGGACAUACUACAAGUCCGCAGCUGCAAUCGCCCACCGGCGUCCUGCAAAUGACCAACUUCAGCUCAGUGCCCAGCAGCACUGUUAGUAGUCCUGGCAGCCUCUCUGCAAUGGCUUGCUCCCUGCAAGCCUGGUAAAAAUGCCCAGACUGUCCAAACACUGUGACCAUCACCGGCCUGAUCAUCAGGGAACAGCUAUGAGCUAUCUACUGUCGUUUUCUCUGUCCCAGAGCAUUGAUCAUGUAUGAUUUUCCUAGCUCAUAUGUAUUAUUUUCUCUGUAACCUUAUGCUUCGAGAGUUCAGUGUUCCCUCCGUGUUUUUAAGCGAGCGGUAUUGUACUAUUUUCCAGCUUCUUGUGUUCAUGUUGCCCCCAUGAGGAAUUUGUUCUGUGUUGCUGACUGAAUUCCCAUAAUUUUGUCAUGGCUGCUUAGCCUGCUCUCAUCCUGUUGCUUGAAGCAAACUAGCCUAUUGGAUUUAUUACAGCAACAUGUUCACUGCAGCUGAUGAGAACGAAAGCUUACGCCUCAGCUCAUCGUCUUGUCGUCAGAACUGGCACUGAAAUCAUG